AUGGCCAGACCAGAUGUCCCUAUUCCAAAAGCACCACGAGCACCAUAUCCCAUCACAGAACGAAACGUGAAAAUUGUGGCAGGUUUUGGAAGAGGUUCUUCAGAACUAGGUAUCCCAACUGCUAACGUUUCCACUAAACAAGUUUCAAAAGUUACAACAUUGGAUCCAGGUGUCUAUUUUGGAUUCGCUAAAGUUGGUAAAAGUGACGAGCACAAAAUAACGGAAACAAAACAACGAGAAAAUGGAACAGAUGUUGAUUAUAAAUACGGAUAUGGUUUAAAAGAUGGUGAGGAUCUAAAUGUUGUAUUACCAAUGGUUAUGUCAAUAGGAUGGAACCCAUUCUAUGGAAAUAAAGAAAAAGCUGUGGAAUUACAUAUCAUCCACGAGUUCCCAACGACGUUUUAUGGUGCCUCUGUGUCUUUUAAUGUAUUGGGUUAUAUAAGACCAGAAUUGAAUUAUACUACAAAAGAAGCGUUGAUCAAAGACAUUCAAACAGAUAUCAGUAUUGGGCUGAAGACUUUAGAGACUCCAGAAUAUCAACAAUAUAAAGAUUUAUAG